AUGGGCUUCCUCGGCGUCUACUCGGCUGUGUACGACUACCAGCCGCAGGGAGAGGGUGAACUCGAGAUUCGCGAGGGAGACCUGCUCUACAUUCUAGAAAAGAGCACCGAAGAUGACUGGUGGAAGGCUAAGAAAAAGGCGGAACGGGAAGAUGAAGAUGAGCCCGAGGGCUUAGUCCCAAAUAAUUACGUUGAAGAGGUAAGCAUUCCCUUUGAAGCGCCGAAGCAGGAUCAAUGGGUGGACUCCAUUUGUGUCUGCUCAAGCUCGAUUAUUCCACUCGGGCACCACCCAGCACAGCGGGCGCAACCGAUACAUCUAGCCAAAGCCCUGUACGAUUAUACGCGACAAACAGACGAGGAGGUUUCUUUUUCGGAAGAGGCAGAGCUAGCGGUUUAUGACACCUCCGACCCUGAUUGGACUUUAGUUGGCGUCAACUCGGAAUUUGGCUUUGCCCCGGCGAUUUACAUUGAAGCCGUGGAGGGAUCAACUGCAUCGCUUGCUGCGCCAGCCGAGCCCGAAGCACCAUCGCUGCCGCAGCGGCCGACACAGGCUCUUCAAUACGACCAUGAAGUAUCCCCGCCGAGCUCCCCGAUCGAUACAGUCCAGAACCCUGCUGCCGCUGCAAUCGCGGACAUCAUCCAUAAACAGCAUGCUCCCACUACUGUGCAAUCCGAUAGCACCAGGGAUGAGCCACCGCCGCCUCAGCUUCCCACCAGACCAUCGUAUGACCAGAACGACGGAAACGACGAGUCCCCCCCGCCGGCCCUGCCUCGCCGACGACCGUCGGAGCAAGCCACCCCACCCAUGAAACAUUACUCACCCGAGCCUUCUCCCCCACCGCGUCCCCAGGUGGCACCGACAGUGACCCGUGAUAAAACACGCGUCAAGGAAUCUCCGCCUUUCAACCGGGCCGGUGAGCUGACGCCGCGGUCGCCAUCGGGCUACCAUAUCUAUAACAUCAAUGAGAUGGUUGAGGUGAUGGGCAAGAGGAAGAAAAUGCCGACAACAUUGGGAAUCAAUCUCGUCACUGGGAUUAUCUUCUUAUCUCCCGAGGGUGAUGACCGUCAACAAGAGUGGGGUGCAGAAAAGCUCACUCACUACUCCAUCGAAGGGAAACAUGUCUUUGUCGAUCUCGUUCGGCCGAGUAAGAGUAUUGAUUUUCAUGCAGGUGCCAAAGAUACGGCCCAGGAGAUUGUUGCCGCCCUUGGCGAAAUUGCCGGAACCUACCGAGCCGAGGGACUGCGGGAAGUCCUGGCUGCAGGAGAGGGUGGUGCUGGUCAGAAGAAGGGCCAAAUUCUGUACGACUUCAUGGCGCAGGGUGACGACGAGGUGACAGUGGCUGUGGGCGAUGAAGUCGUGGUCAUUGACGACACCAAGUCCGAGGAGUGGUGGAUGGUGCGACGCAUGAAAAAUGGCAAAGAGGGCGUGGUUCCCAGCAGCUACGUGGAAAUCACGGGAUUCGUGAGCAGCCAGCCAACUGGCGUGGAAUCUGGUCUUUCGUCGGUGGAAAAGAACCGGCUGGAAGAGGCGCGGUUGACAAAAGAAGCGACGGGGAAGCAAAGAACGGACUCGAUUGAUUCCCCGGAGCGCCCGAAGCGCGACAGCAAGUCCAAGUCGAAGCCUGACUCAAGUAAGGUCAGAAAGUGGACGGAUCGAUCCAAAGCAUUCACAGUGGAAGCGCAGUUCAUAGGACUUCAAGAUGGCAAAAUUCACUUGCACAAGGUGAACGGUAUCAAGAUCGCUGUUCCUAUUGCAAAGAUGUCUGUUGAGGACUUGGAAUAUGUCGAGAAGGUCGCCAACGUUUCACUUGAUGAAGACAAACCACUCUCGAGCAUUCGAGACGCCAGACGGGCGGGUGCCUCUGUACAACGCCCCGAGUAUGAUUGGUUUGACCUUUUCCUCAAGGCUGGAGUUGGGCCACAUCAGUGCGAGCGCUAUGCCCAGAACUUUCUUAAAGACUCCAUGGACGAAUCCGUAUUGCCUGAUAUUACCCCCGACACUCUCCGCACUCUCGGGUUAAAGGAGGGCGAUAUUCUACGAGUCAUGCGUUAUCUGGAUACUACUCUUGGCCGCACUGGCCCCAAGUCCAAGCUUCGAAACGUGAGUUUUGGUGGCGAAGAAGUCAUCGGCAAUGGCGAGGAUGGUGGCCAAGGUGGACUGUUUGCAGGACCUGGUGGUGGGUUGCGCAAUAACACCCGCAAAGGCAGGCCAGCGCCAGCGGUACAGACGGGCGACGUGGUUGAUGCAAAGGCGUUCGAACAAGCGGACGAGUCCAAGUCGCCGGAGCGUGCUGCAAGUCCCCGAGCCCCAGCGGUUCCGGAGAAGCCCGUUGCCCGUGGGUUCGAUGACGAUGCAUGGGAAGUGAAGCAGCCCAAGCAGUCUACUGGGGCCGCCGCGCCAGCGACCUCGACCCCGCCGGCCAGCACUGCAUCACCGGCGGCCACUCAGGCUCCAGUCCAAAAACAGGUCACAGGAGCGAUGGCGGAUUUGUCGCUGCUUCAAGCUCCUUUGCAGCCGACACCCGCCCAACCGACCCCCACCUCCCAGCCCACUCUUAAUCUCCAACCUCAAUUAACUGCUGUGCAGUCGCCGCCAGCGCAACAGCCCCAGCAGACAGGUGCUACGCCCAGUUUCUUCGCCCAAGUGGCACAGACAGGACAGCAGCAACAAGGGUUUAGUCCUCAGCAGACCGGCUUGCAACAGUCGCAGGCCCGGCAGCGCCCACUACCUCCACAGAACGUCGGCCAAAACUCUCUCAUUCCCCCUCCUCCGCAGCGCCCGCUCUCGGCGCCGCAGAACUUUGCGCAACAGCAGAGCUCUUUUGGGCCUCCUCCCUUGCAGCCUCAGUUGACCGGGGUUCCGCAAGCGGGUCCGCCAGUGGCCCCUCCUGGUCAAAGUUUGGCGGAAUUGAAUCAGCAGCGCUUCCAGCCCACUAUGCAGCCCCAACAGACUGGAUUCAUGGGGCAAAACCAGUUCCAGAAUGGCCUGAUGCCUCAGCCUACGGGGUUUACUCCUCAAUCACAAUUCGGUAUUCAGCAGCAGCAGCAAUUUGCCAAUGGUCAACCCAGCCCGAACCAGCCAGGGUAUCAAGGGAUUGCACCGCAGGCCACGGGUUUUGGUGGAUUUGCACAACCGCAACAGCCGAUGCAGACCGGCAUCAAUUCCGUGCUCCCUCCAGCUUUGCAGCCCCAGCCAACCGGUGCGAAUGGCAGCGCGUCCUUCACAUCUCCACCUCCGGUGCCCCCGAUUCCCCAGCAGCCCACCGCCCCUCCUUUGUCACCCCAGAAGACGGGUCCUCCUCCAUCUGUCAGAUUUGGCGUCAAACCGGAUGCUCCCCCGAAGUUGGCCCCACAGCCGACUGGACUCAGAGCCAAUCUGUCACAAGCCACACCUCACAAUCCAUUCGGGUUCUAA